GCCGUUCGUUCCUCCGGCGGCCGGCGCGGGGGAGAGGCGGGCACCGGGGGCCCCCGCUCCCGCACCUCUCCGCUGCUCCCGCUCCCGCCGACACUUUGGUCUUGCUCACGCAGCGGCAGAGGUCGUGCCCAGAUGCGGGUGAGAGCGGAGCGGGAGGCGGCUGCACGCCUGAGACCCACAGACUCUUGCAACCUGGAUGCCCUCUGUGGAUAAAAGAUGUAUCAUGGAAUGAACCCAAACAGCAGAGGUUCGUUUCUGGAGCAGCAGCAGCAGCAGCAGCAGCAGCAACAACAACAACAUCAGUCGUCCUCAAGACUCUUCACAGUAGCCUUGUGGUUUCAGCUGGUGCUCUGUUUCGGGCCUGCCCAGCUAACCGGUGGCAUUUGGAAGAGCUCAAUACAAUGGAGGAACAUUGUGCCCUCGUGGAAAGAGCACAGGCUUGGGAGUCAGAGGACCUGGAUUCUAAUUCCAGGUCUGCCACAUGCUUGCUGUGUGAUCUUAGGAUUUGAUGACCUUCACGCUUGUGCUGACCCUGGCGUCCCAGAGUAUGGCUACCGGACCCAGAGUAUGGCCACGGGAGGAGUGUUCUUUGAAAGUGCUGUAGCCCGAUUUCACUGCCAAGAAGGAUAUAAACUGACGGGUCCUUCGAAAAAACUGUGUGUGAAACAUUUCAAUGGCUCCCUAGGCUGGAAACCAAGCGAUACACCCGUGUGCCUACAAGAAGUUUGUCCUCUACCUCCAAUGGUGAAUCAUGGAGAUUACAUUUGCCACCCGCGGCCUUGUGAGCAAUACAAUCACGGAACUGUGGUUGAAUUUUAUUGUGAUCCUGGCUAUUCUUUUACCACUGACUACAAAUACAUCACCUGCCAGUACGGAGAAUGGUUUCCUUCCUAUCAAGUGUACUGUGUCAAAACAGAGCAAACCUGGCCCAGUACCCAGGAGACCCUCCUAACCACGUGGAAAAUUGUGGCAUUUACUGCCACUAGCGUCCUGCUGGUGCUUCUGCUGGUCAUUCUGGCCCGGCUGUUCCAGACCAAGUUCAAGACACAUUUUCUUCCCAGGGGCGCCCCGGGGAGUUCCAGCAGCGACCCGGACUUUGUGGUGGUGGACGGCGUUCCCGUCAUGUUGCCUUCCUAUGAUGAAGCUGUGAGCAGCGGCUUGAACGCCUUAGCGCCAGGAUACUUGUCCUGUGCGGGUCAGGGCAGCCUCUCGCAAACCGACGACCAGAACCCACCAGCCUACCCAGGCCCGGGGGACACGGACUUACCCAGGGACUUUGAAGUCCUCGGCAGCAUCCCAGGCUCUUCGGAGCUGCUCCGGACCUUGCGCCCGUCCUCCUUGGGCCAGGUGAGGGGAGCUUGUCCUAACGCUGAGCCAACAGAAGCGACCAGCAACUCCGUGGGAGAGGCAGCGUCCUCCAGCCCGAGCGUUGACAUUGCGGAUGAAAUUCCACUGAUGCAAGACGACCCUUAACCUGCCUACAACGGGUCCUUUCUGUGGGAGGACAUUCUUCCCUAAUCUAUCCACAUGGCAGCAGUGCAUCAGACUCGACAGCCGGGUGACCAGCUGCCCCAUAGCAGCGCUUUUAAAUGAAACCUGGGGCUUUGCCAAGACCAGUAGAAUAUACAACAUGCCCUACCCCCUUGCCCACCAGGGCUCUACACAUGCUCCACGACACGGGACACCAGACAGUUCUGUACACAGCCCACUGAAUUAUGAUAUGAGUAAAUAGCUGCCUCCCAACAAAAA